GAUGGACCCGUGCCUUCUCCUUUUCCCCCGAGGUCGUCACCUACCAUGCCGAACAGGCACGGCACGCAGGUCGGAGCCCGUACACUCUCGAGUGGGGAUACCCAAAGAGCGUCCCGAAGUAUGAGGCCGCCGUUGCCGUCAUGACCAGCCUGUGUCCCAAAAUCUCGACUCUUGACCUCGCCGCACCUCAAGAUGCAACCAUCUGUGCCUUCUGCCCGCAGCGAUCAAUGCUGUCCCCACGGGACGUGGAGGUGGUCCGUCGGCAUGAAGAUGGGGAGUACCAGCUCGUGCAACUGUUUCCGCUCUUCCGCGCCGCGCCCAACAUUGCGCUGCUGCGGCUUUUCAGGCUCGGUUGCUGCGCGACGCUCAAGGACAGCCUGAGACUUGAGCGCCUGACCGACCUUGAGCUUCAGGCCUGCUGCAUUACCAACGACGAGCUCGCUCGCAUUCUCAGGCUGUGCCCAAACCCGCAGCGCUUGCGGUACGUGUGCUGCAGACCUGAGGCUAUCUAUAGGGAUGAGCACUUUACGCCCGACGAAGUGGUUGCUGUUGUCCUUGAGCAGACUCCAAACCUACAGACAUUCGAACUAGAUUUAACGGAGUUGAUGGAGACCGAGAAUUUUACCGAAAAUGACGUACGUAAGGCAAAAUCGGCUCUAAGCCGCCGCGGAAUCAAGUGCAUAUUUACAGUCCUAAUCGAAUGGAAGUUGCUGCAGCCUAGAUAGCGAUGUGCUAUCUAAGGCAUAGCUAGUAUACUGUUUUUUCCCUUUCGUUUUUCCUCCUAUCUUUUUUCGUUCUCUUCUUUUUAGCCCUUAUACAAGUCAUCACUACCAAUGUCUAGACGCCCUACCUUCAGUGUCUAGGUACGCCCACUUUCUGUUU